AUGGUAUCUAUUUGGCUCUUCUGCACCGCGCCGCAUCAUCACAGCCGCGUCGCCCGAAACACCAGAAUAUUCACAUUCGGACGACUCGGUGCAAGUGCGAGUGCGAUUGUGGAUGUGCGACCAACACAACUUCCAAACGCGCAAGAGCAAAAGCAAGAGCAAAGCGCAGAAACAGCAUCUAUUCCAGCAGACAUAACGCACGACAAUAAUAACGAUACAACCAGGGGACCGCCCGCGCCGCGCAAGCGCGACGCCGCGGCCCCUUCCCAGCCAGCCAACGCCGCCGCGGCCCCGCUGCGGCGCUGCAGCGCUCAUUAUCUGAGUACGAGCGCAUCACGUCUCAGGCGUCAUGGGGUCGUAAGCGAGCACGAUCGUGGGGGGGCACGUACGCGCACGCGCGGGAGCCCUGCCCGCGCGCCGCGUCGCGGAAGCGCAUUAAAAGCAAGAAUCUCAAGAGAAAACGUAAGCAAGUGGAUACAAUGUGCAGAGAAUAUUGGGUGCGGGUGGCGGGUGGGUCAGUGA